UCUAACUCUCUCAGAGAAGUGCAGAGUUUGGAGCUCCGAUUCCCUUGCAGCGUUGUCUAUCUCUCGUCAUUCUCUCUCAGGUUUCCACUUUCACAAAGGACGUAGCAUAAGAUGGCAGAGGGAGAGGAUAUUCAGCCACUCGUCUGUGACAAUGGUACAGGAAUGGUCAAGGCUGGGUUUGCUGGAGAUGAUGCUCCACGAGCUGUGUUCCCUAGCAUUGUUGGCCGCCCCCGUCACACAGGUGUUAUGGUGGGUAUGGGUCAAAAAGAUGCAUAUGUAGGAGAUGAAGCCCAGUCAAAGCGAGGAAUUUUAACUUUGAAAUAUCCCAUUGAACAUGGUAUUGUUAACAACUGGGAUGAUAUGGAGAAAAUAUGGCAUCACACAUUUUAUAAUGAACUUCGUGUUGCCCCUGAGGAGCAUCCAAUACUCUUGACUGAAGCACCUUUAAACCCUAAGGCUAAUCGCGAAAAGAUGACCCAAAUUAUGUUUGAGACAUUCAACGCCCCAGCAAUGUAUGUUGCCAUUCAGGCUGUUCUUUCGCUAUAUGCUAGUGGGCGUACAACUGGUAUUGUUUUGGAUUCUGGUGAUGGUGUCAGUCACACUGUCCCUAUUUAUGAGGGUUAUGCUCUUCCACAUGCCAUCCUUCGUCUUGAUUUGGCUGGCCGUGACUUGACAGAUCAUUUGAUGAAAAUUCUCACAGAGCGUGGGUACUCAUUUACCACUUCAGCUGAGCGGGAAAUUGUGAGAGACAUGAAAGAAAAGCUUUCUUACAUAGCACUUGACUAUGAGCAAGAGCUCGAGACCUCAAAGACUAGCUCUUCUGUAGAAAAGAGCUAUGAGCUCCCUGAUGGACAAGUUAUCACCAUAGGAGCAGAACGUUUCCGAUGCCCUGAGGUCCUUUUCCAGCCAUCGAUUAUUGGGAUGGAAGCAGCAGGAAUCCAUGAGACCACAUACAAUUCUAUAAUGAAAUGUGAUGUCGACAUAAGAAAGGACCUUUAUGGAAACAUAGUACUCAGUGGUGGUACUACCAUGUUCACUGGUAUAGCUGAUAGAAUGAGCAAGGAAAUUACUGCAUUGGCCCCUAGCAGCAUGAAGAUCAAGGUGGUGGCACCACCUGAGAGGAAAUACAGUGUCUGGAUUGGAGGCUCCAUCUUAGCCUCCCUCAGCACAUUCCAACAGAUGUGGAUUGCCAAGGCGGAGUAUGAUGAGUCUGGUCCAUCAAUUGUGCACAGAAAGUGCUUCUAAUUUUUAAAGAACAAUGAUUUUGAUGAAGAUGUGUUUUAUCCUAUCAAGUCACGAAUGCAGAAUGCAGAAUGCAGAAUAGGAGGUGUUUGGUUCAAGUUAUUAAGAUAACUAAGGUUAUAUUUGUUUGGAAAUAUAAAAUUUUCAAUGUUUGGUUCUUAUUAUUAAUUAUUAAUUUUGAGCUUUUGGUAUUUUAAUCAA